AAGCCUUUUAAGGCAAACCGCGCGCGGGACAGACGCAGUGACGUCAGCGCGGUCGCCUUCCGCGCGGGUAUAAAGAAGCUUGUCAGGCCCUUCCAGUGCGGCCUGUGAUUGGCUAGCUGUGAACCCGCCUGUGGGCGGAACCACUCGCCCCGCUCGGAGGGGUGUUACACACAAAAAGAUUUAUUUUUUCAGAAUUUUCCAAAUCAUCAUUUAUUCUUCAAAGCGAUCCAAACGGGGAAUUUAGGGACGAUCUAAAAACAAUAUCCAAAUAUCCGAGUCGUCGGACCAGGACACCGAACAACUCGGAUUAAGUUUGCCCGCUGUGACGUCACAGCCCCCCCCCCCCGACUGUCUGACAAAAGAUUGAGAAAUAAAAGAAACUUCCCCCGAAUCCUCCUGGCUGACUGCAGGAACCGGUGAGCACUUGAGAGGUGUUGCGGUCGGAGGCGGCGCCGUCGUGGCCCAGCGGGAGCGGAAUUCGUGGCCUUCGUCCUCGUGCUCGUGCCGGUGCCGGUGGCGCAAACAUGCUGCGCGUGACAGCGGCGGUCAGGCGCCACUCAUGGCGGGGUUUGAAAGGUUCGGCGUCGCGUGCCGGCGUGUCGGUGAGGAACGAGCCCGUCCUGCGCUUCGAACGCGGAAGUCCCGAAAGACGACGACUGCUGCAGGCGCUGGAGCGGGUGAAGUCCGGCACGGAGGAGAUUCCCUGCGUGGUCGGCGAUGAACACGUCUGGACCGACGACGUCCGCUACCAAGUGUCCCCCUUCGAUCACGCGCACAAAGUGGCCAAGUUCUGCUACGCCGACAAGGACGUGAUCCACAAAGCCAUCGCGGCGUCGGUGGCGGCGCGGCGCGAGUGGGACCUGAAACCCGUCCAGGACCGAGCGGCGAUCCUCUUCAAGGCGGCGGACGUGAUCGCCGGACCCAAACGAGGCGAAUUGCUGGCCAAGACCAUGGUCGGACAGGGCAAAACGGUGAUCCAGGCGGAGAUCGACGCGGCGGCCGAGCUGAUCGACUUCUUCCGCUUCAACGCCAAACACGCCGUCGAGCUGGAGGCGGCGCAACCGCUGGACGCCGAGGGCAGCGUCAACACCGCCGUCUACCGCGGCCUCGAGGGCUUCGUGGCCGCCGUGGCGCCUUUCAACUUUACCGCGAUCGGCGGGAAUUUGGCGGGAACGCCGGCCGUCAUGGGCAACGUGGUCCUGUGGAAGCCGAGCGACGCGGCCGUGUCGGCGAGCUACGCCGUGUACCGCGUCCUGCGCGAGUGCGGCCUUCCUCCCGACGUCAUCCAGUUCCUCCCGGCCGACGGUCCCGUCUUCGGAGACGCCGUCACGUCCUCGGAGCACCUGGCGGGAAUCAACUUCACCGGCAGCGUCCCGACCUUCAAGCGCCUGUGGAAGCAGGUGGCCCAAAACUUGGACGUGUACAAGAACUUCCCCAGGCUGGCCGGAGAGUGCGGCGGCAAGAACUUCCAUUUUGUCCACAAGUCGGCGGACGUGCGCAGCGUGGUGAACGGGACGGUGCGAUCCGCCUUCGAGUACGCGGGCCAGAAGUGUUCGGCCUGCUCCAGGAUGUACGUGCCCGCCACCUUGUGGCCCGACGUCAAAGGGCAGCUGCUCGCCGCGCUCCGACAAAUCCGCGUGGGAGAUCCCGUGCAAGACUUUGGCGUCUUCUUCUCUGCCGUCAUCGACCACAAGUCGUUCGGUCGCAUCAAGAAAUAUUUAGAUGAGGCCAAGUGUUCGCCCGACCUGGAAAUCAUCGCCGGGGGCGACUGCGACGACUCCAAGGGUUACUUCGUGGAGCCCACCGUCAUCGCCGCCGCAGACCCGCGACACCCCAUCAUGACCGAGGAGAUCUUCGGUCCGGUUCUGUCGGUCUUCGUGUACCCGGACGCCGACUACAAGGAGGUUCUGCGCCUGGUGGACAGCACGUCUCCUUACGCGCUCACGGGCGCCAUCUUCGCCCUGGACGAGAAGGUGCUGGACGAGGCGUCCGAAAUCCUGAGGAACGCCGCGGGGAAUUUUUACAUCAACGACAAGUCCACGGGAUCCGUCGUGGCGCAGCAGCCGUUCGGGGGCGCCAGAGCUUCAGGCACAAACGACAAACCGGGCGGCCCUCACUACGUCCUGCGCUGGACGUCCCCCCAGGUCGUCAAGGAAACGCACGCGCCGCUCACGGAGUGGAAGUACCCCUACAUGGCCUGAGGCGGCGCCGCCGCCGCCGCCUCUGUCGUCCAAUCGCACGAAGCCGUCCGGCUCGGUCCCGCCCGCUCGGCGCUGAACUUUGAUGGGAACUCGGCGAGCGAUGCCUUUUUAUAUUUUUAGAAAUCCAUCCGCAAAUCAUGACAAAAAUAUUCAUAUAUAAAUAUUAGAGAAGCCGACGUGUUUUUUUCGUUUUUUGUCCAACACGCACACUGCAGAUGUUCUGAAACAAUUUCGUCUCGACUGAUUUUAACCAAUUAAAAAAAAAAUGACUGAUCACA